AUGGCGACGAGGGCUGUGUGCGUGCUGAAGGGCGACGGCCAAGUACAGGGCACCAUCCACUUCGAGCAGCAGGAGGGAAAUGGACCAGUCAAAGUAUCAGGAAGUAUUACAGGAUUGACGGAAGGCCUCCAUGGAUUCCAUGUCCACCAGUUUGGAGAUAAUACACAAGGCUGUACUAGUGCUGGUCCUCACUUUAAUCCUCUAUCCAAAAAACAUGGUGGGCCAAAGGAUGAAGAGAGGCAUGUUGGAGACCUAGGCAAUGUGACUGCUGGCAGUGAUGGUGUGGCCCAUGUGUCUACUGAAGAUUCUUUGAUCACGCUUGUAGGAAACAAUUCCAUCAUUGGCCGCACAAUGGUGAUCCAUGAAAAAGAGGAUGACUUGGGCCGAGGUGGAAAUGAAGAAAGCACAAAAACGGGAAAUGCUGGAAGUCGUUUGGCUUGUGGUGUCAUUGGGAUCGCCCAGUAA